GCUGUCUCCAUGGCAACAGCGCAGCGUCUGCGCCGGCCCGGGCGGGGGUCGCGCAGCUUCCCCCUGCCGUGGCCAUGUUGGGCGACCCAGAGCAGGAGGAGGAUUUUCAGCGCUUCCUCCGCCGUGUGGACGAGAUCUCCAGUUUAGUGCAAGAUUUGAGCUCUGCAGACUCAGCUGUCAAGGAAAAAGCCAUUGCUGAAGCAGGGAAGAGGCUCUGUGACCAAGCAGCCAGCAAGGAAGGAGCCAGCAGGACCAGGGUGGACAGAACAGUCAUCAACACAGGCUCUCCUGACCUUGCAGAAGCACAGACUGCAGAGGCCUUCCUGGCAGGGUUGGAAAAGGAUGCAAAGGAACGAGCUCAGCAAAGGCAGAGAAAUGAGCUCCUGGCAAAUGCUCUGAAGGAGCAGGGGAACGAAGCCUUCAGGAAGGGAGACUAUGCCAGAGCUGUUCAGAGCUACACUGAAGGUCUGGAAAAGCUGAAAGAUAAGCAGGAGCUGUACACAAACAGAGCACAGGCCCACCUGAAGCUGCACCAGUAUGAAGAAGCCAUUGGUGACUGUGAAUGGGCACUAAAGUGCAAUGAGAAGUGUCCCAAAGCCUAUUUUCUGAUGGGCAAAGCUCACCUGGCACUUCAGCACUAUGGGGAGUCCAGGCAGUGUUACCAGAAGAUGCUGCAAACUGAUCCCCAAAAGCAAAGCCUCUUUAAAGACUGUAUGAACGAGGUGAACCUGGAGGAGAAAAGAAUGAAAGCUGAAGAGAGAGCAAUGGAGGAGGCUGAGUCUGGCAAGCUGCCUGCUGUGUCCAUAAAAGAACUGCUGCAGAAGCUCAACAGGCCUGACCAGAACAUCCUCUACUAUGCAGGAGGGCUCAGGCUGCUGGCAGGAGCUGUGAAAGGCUGCACUGAGCAAACUUUAUUUAGAACAAACAAUGGCUUCAGUCUGCUCAGAGACAAGGAGGCUGUGAGACGGGGCUUCUGUGCAGAGAGAAGAAGCAGUGCUGAGGUGGACCUGGCUGUUGCUCUCCUCUUGCUAUGGCAAGCUGUCUGCUCUGGAAAUGAGGCAAAUCAACAUCUUCUAUUGACUGACCCUGAUGUGAAGGCACAGCUACCAAAGCUGCUCUCCUCUGGGGUAGCAGAGAUCCAAAAGGAGACACUGGCACUGAUUUCUCUUUGCUCAGAGAAUGAGUAUGGCAGGAGACUGCUGGGACAGCACCGAGACCUAACCAGCUGGCUGCAGAUUCUGAUGGGCUUUGUCCACCACAGGGAUGCCAGGGCUGGCAGUGCCAUGGACAUCCUGUGUGCUUUAGCUGCAGAAGAGAGGUUUGUGGCCCAAUGUUCUCCUCUGCUUCCCACAGAAGUUCUACCUUUGUUCACCCAGCUGCUGGCCUCUGCCAAGCUGGUGAACCAGGCAGCCCUUGCCCGCUGCGUUGGCAUCGUGGGGAGUCUGUGUGCAGCUGUGGGCAUCCGAGUGCAGCUGGCUGAGUGCAGGGAGUGCUGGCAAGCCUGCCUACAGCUCUUGGAUCAAUACUUGUCCAGCCCACCCCAACUCCAGGAGUGUUCCUUUGAAGUGCUGGGCCUGAUGAUGAAUUUACUGCUUGAAUCCAAUGUGGUCAUCCAGGGCUUGGCUCUGGACAUCAGUGGCAGGUGCAUGGCUCUGCUUGGGGACCAGGAUGGAGGCAUCGUCACAAGAGCCACUGGAGUGCUGAGCCGCAUCCUGCCAGCAGCCCCCUGGGCAGUAGAAGCAGCAGUGGCAGGAGGAGUGGUGAAGAGGAUGAUCAGGUUCUUGAAAGUGGGAGGAGAGAUCACCUCCACUUACGCCCUGAAGACCCUUUGCAUCUGCACCAGGAGCAGCAGAGAAGCUCAGGAAGCUCUGGUGAAGGCUGAUAGAAGGUUCAGAGUGCUGCUGAAGCUCUUGGACUCAGAGAAUGAGACCAUUGUGGGCAAUGCUGCCCUCUGCCUUGGCCAGUGCCUGGCAGUCCCUGGAGCAGCCAAGUCCUUGCUGGAUUCCAACGUGGUGAUGACACUCUUGAGGCAUGCUGGUGGUGAUGCUGCCAGGACUUCAGUGCAGGAGAACUCAGCAAUUGCUCUGGGGAAGCUGUGUGUGGCUGAACCAAGGCACCUUUUACAGCUCAGGAAGCUCCAUGGCCUGACCAUCCUCAACUCCUCCAUGAAAUAUGUGCACAGCAACUGAACCCUCCCAGGCAGCUCUGAAAUGUGCUCUGAAUGUCCCUUCCUGUUGGCUAUUUUUUGUCUUUGCUUCAACAAAACCAACUCCAAGCACAUCCAGGUUUUUUUCCAAGCCCUCCUCAAGGUGUUUGCUGAUCCUCCCCAGCAGCCACAGAAGGAUCAGCAGGAAGAAGUUUAUGAUCUAGGCUAAGAAGUACAAUAAUAACUUGCCUGAAGCUUGUCUUUGCUCUAAUAAAUGAAGCUGCCCAUCCUGA